GCGGCGCCGAGGACUUCAUCGACGACGAGAUCGGCGACCAGCCGGCGUUCGGCGCGUUCGGCGCCGACAGCCUGGCGUCGGAUGUGUUCCUGGAGGAGCUGAUGGCUGGGGAGCCGGAGACGCCGCCGCUGCCGCCGCUGCGCAUCACAGAGCCGGCCAGCGGCGAGUACGUGCGCCCGUUCCGCCUCACGCCGCGCCCCCUGCAGGCACUGACCACGCUCGAGACGCCGCUACGCCGCCCGGCGGACGCCGAGGCAACGUCAGCCUCGGCGCGCCGCCAACAGAUGGAGGAGCGGGCGGAGCGGCUGGCGCGCCGCCUGCCGCGGCCGGCGGAGGAGCGCGUGCACCCGAUCCUGGGCUCCACCUACCAGCGGCUGGGGCUGCCCGAGCCGGCGCCGGACAAAAACGAGCCCGGCCAGGCCAAGGAUGAGGCUGACCAGGAACGGAACGAGCUCGUGCAGGCUCGGAAUGAGGCGCUUCAGACCAAGGACGAGGAGCCCCGCCGACAGGACGAGCUGGUCCAGGCCAGGAACGAGUCGGUGAAGGCGCGCGACGGGCCCGGACCGGCGCUGGACGAGUCUGCGAAGCUCCGGGACGAGCCGGGACCUGCUCUGGACGAGCGUGACGAGUCGCGGGACAGGCCGAGGCCGGCGCGGGAGGAGUCUGCGGAGCCGGAGCGGCGGACGAGCCGGCCCGGGCAGCCGUCCGGAGAGACGAUCGAGCGAGACGAGGACACACUCAGCGACCUGGAGACGCACGACGCAGCGCUGUCUGGCUGCCGACCGCGGCGUGCGUCCUCCUGGCGGCGGGUGUCAGAACUACGCGAUCUGGCUUCGCCCACCGACAGCCUGGGCUCCGACGACCUGAUGGCCGACUUCGAUAAGGACUCGGACACGCUCUGCGACGACGACGAGAGCCCCGGUGGCGCUGUCCGGGGGUACGCCGAUGACGGUGCGGGUGGCGCCAGCUCCCCCGUGGCCCUGUCCGAGGGUACGCCGUCGGCAGUCCCGGUGGCGCUGUCCGAGGGUGCGCCGUCGGCAGCCCCGGUGGCGCUGUCCGGGGCUGUCUGCAGCCCGUUGGCGGUGGCGUGA